AUGCCCGCUUUGGACGGUCCCGAUGUCGAUCAGCAACAAAUACUUUCUUCACAGGAUGCUAAAGACCAGAGGAUAGGAUCCAAUACUUCCUACAACCUCAGUCAGUGCUCAACAGUGCCCAUCGAUGAAAGUGUUGGGGGCACAGAAGCUUGCAACAAAUCUGAAAAUACUGUUAACGAAGAUACGUUUUUUCCAGCUGCUUGGGAUUCAGAAACCAUUUCUUCUAACGGUGGUGUGGCCCCCACUCCUGGAUGUCUGAACAAAUCGGCGGGAGAAGCUGGAUUGACCAGUCCAAUAAAGCACCCUGAUGAUGGUAAUUGCUUGCGGGGAACUCCAAUUUCUUCUACAAUUCGAGGUGAUAUAAACGAGAAUUUAAUGGACAUCAGCGAUCGGAGUGGAACCCGUACAUCUGUAGAUCCUGAAGGCCCUGGAGCUCUUUGUGACUCUUUGGCCGCCGAAAAGUUGAACUCGCCACUUAAGUCUGAUGAGAGUAAAGAUAUCCCGCGUCCUGAUGCAACAAUUAAAAAGCAAUCACCCAAAAUACCAAGAUCCACAUCUCCACCCCAAGUACAUCGUUGUGGAUUGUGUGGUAAAGACUACCGUCAUGCAGCUUCUUUGCGUAAUCACAUGAGGAAACACUCUUCUGGAGCUCUAGCCUCUAAACGUUAUCGAUGUACACAUUGUAUGUAUUCAAGCCAAUACAAUCGAAAUGUUUUGAAACACUUCGAGGCUGUCCAUCAGAAUCCGGAUACAUUCUUUCCUGGCAAUGCGUCCAUCCCAAACAGUUCAUCUUACCCAGAUGGAUCCAUAGUCAGCAACACGAAUCCGACUUACUGGAAUGCUACCAACGUAAAUGAACAUUUAUACAAGUCCUCGGAAAGUAUCACGCAAUACUGCGCCCCGACUCCAUGCUUUUACAAACAGCAAACAGUUAGAGAUAAUUAUGAAAAAUUUGAACAAGCGUCGGUCCCGUUACAAAACACAGAAAAUGCUCCUCUCGAAGCCUACCAACAGAUAUCUCUUGACGGCAUGGUUUCUAAACAGGAACCAUCUAAUUCAUUGUAUUAUUGCAACGUUGUAGGAUGCGGAAAGCCUUUUAAAAGUCGAAAAUGUCUGGCAACCCAUGUAAACGAAUUUCACCGUGAAGUACGCUUCAAAUGCCCAGUAGAUGGUUGUCACUUCACUGGAUUACGUCAGGAGCACUUAAAACGUCAUGUGAAUCAAUAUCACAUAGGGUCAGUGGUUAGCCAAGCAAAUGAUCACAACGCACGUUUUCACUCGAACAAAAUCCCCGAUACCCUAGUGAACGAACCACCUGGAGACAAGAGAUACGAGGGUAGAGGUGAUCGAUCUCAUCAAAGAUCUGGCGACACUCCGAUUGGUCCUGUGGAUACGAUUCGCUCUGGUCCAGCUACUCAGGUUGCUACUGGUUGUUCCGCUUCUCAUAUCACCUCCGGUUGUGCUAUACGUGCAGAUUCACCGUCGUCUUACAAAAAGCCAGAAAUGUCCCAUUUUGACCCCUCAAAUCAGUAUGAAAGUGGCAUGAGUCAAGACCAGAAACCAAGCGAAAACUGGAUUUCUGGUACAACUUGUUCGUUUGAUGGAAAGUCCCUUACUAUCCGACCAGAUUCCAUGGUGAGAAGCACUGUGGAGCAGCUUCUUUGUGCGCCUGAUCCGGUAGAUACUUCGUUGGGUCAAUUUUUUCAGGAAUCUUCUGAUGCGGAUCUGGCCGCCACAGAGGACUUCAGGCCUGUCUCACGCGACAGCCCCGUAAACGAUUUUACUGAUGGUUUGCAGAGAUUUUCUUUUCCUAAUACGAAGGAAAAUGCGAAUACUCCUUUGGAGUUUGAUUCACCACCCAACCCAAAUGAACCGGCGGACAGCCUUCCGGAAUCUUUCUACCAGAAACAUGUUAAUUCUGAAACGGACGCUUUUUUCACUGACCUUCAGGAAAUCUUGGCUCGAGAUAUGCCGUCCAUCGAAAAUUCAACACCAAAAGCGAACGAGUUGCCAAAUGGUAACCCAUCGUCUGUUGGAUUAAAAGAAGAUGGAUCACGAUCUGUAGAAAUGUCUCAUUCAAAGUCACCGUUCACUGGUCUUGGAGCAAAGCCCGUUUGCACAGCAUCAAUGAUGAGUGGAGAUUCAGGGUUGGAGAGUUGGAGUAGUAGUAGCAGCUGCAGUGCCGGUCCCAAUAGUUCAUCCGUUUGGGGAACGCAAGAAGGCACAGGACAUCCAAAACUAUCCCCAGGUUCAAGUACACCACAGCCGGCAUCUGUUCCGUGUCCGGGUCUACAGGAUCCUGGUACAGCCACAACGUACGAUGGUUACCCAGAUGGGCAAGUGUUAGAGGAAUCCCCGGUAGCUUCAUCUGCACUUAAUGAUCAUCGCAGGCUACCUGACUCAAACAGAGUUCCGUCAAGAAGUUGCGAUGCUGCAUCUGAGGGUAGUGGAAACCAUCUGCCUGCAUUUACUUCAAACGUAAAUUCUGGAACAGGAGACUCACGUCCACUAGUUUCUUCUACCAUGCAGCAAGUGCAUUCAAGUUCAAGAAGUAAGUUACUUAUCUAUGCAAUAAGUACUCUGUUGGUUACAUCAAAGUGA